AGGAUCAGCUGUGAGCUUUGGGCUUUAUGAGAAAAACGUUUCGUUUUAAAGUUUUUGCAAGUUUUUUGACUUGAAUCAAAUUAUUUUAAUUAUUCGACUGCUUUAGUUUUGUGUGUCUUGGUGUAACAUUUACCAUCUUUAGAAACAGUUAAAUAAUGCCCGUCGAUCAGAUACAAUAUUCUGAAAGAUACACAGAUGACGUUUACGAAUACAGACACGUCAUCCUACCACCGGAUAUUGCGAGAUUGGUUCCAAAAUCUCACCUUAUGACGGAAACGGAAUGGAGAAAUCUUGGAGUCCAGCAGAGUCCCGGCUGGCUACAUUUCAUGGUGCAUAACCCAGAACCUCAUGUGCUUCUGUUCCGAAGGAAACGUACAGACAUACCUAAUGUGAAUGGUCUUGAUGCAAAGACUAGUUCUAUGAUACAAGUUGGGUCAAAAUGAAAAAGUCUAGUUUUUAGUUGUUAUAUAAUAUAAGUGCAUAUACGCAAUCACAUUUUACUACUAGUUCAUUCUUUUGAAAACAAGUUUAUUAUUAUUCCUCCAGUAUGAAUGAAGCAGUUUUGAUUUUAAAAUGCACCCACUGGUCCCUGUUUAGGAAGCCCAAAUCUCUCAUUCCCUGUUACAUUGCUGUAACACUUAACCAAUUGUAAUUUUAUUACAAAUUUAUAAUAACUUAAAUUUGGGCAUAUAGUUAAAUUUCAAUCCAUGUCAACUCACUUAAUCGGUUAACUGUAUUAUGCUAUAUUCAAAGAAAUUAAAUUGUGGUUGUAUGUAUGCAUUCAUUUAAUUUGUUAGAAUGAAUAAUAUACUUUGAACACUAUGUUAAUUUUAAUACAACUGUAGAAUAUUUUGCUUCCAUGGCCAUUUCCAAUUGACAAGGGACUUUGCCAUUACCUUAGCUCUCUUCGAUAUUUAUUAAUCAAAUGAACUAGUGAAGGUUAAGCACGAUGAUUCAUUUUGAUUUAUUUUGAACAACCAUUUCAAGACUUGUGGUAUUUUAUGAAAGAUUGUAUCAAUUGUAUGAUGAACUCAUGUAGACCCAUAGCCAUUGAAUAUAUCUAUUAACUUUUAACUAAAAUCUUAUAAUUGUCUAAACUACCAAUUUUGUAUAAUAAUGUACCUAUGUUUAACUACAUAUUUUAUUCAUUCUAACAAAAAAUAUAGACACAUUAAAUAUUCCAGCUAUAAUGCAUAGAUAUACUUACCUAAAUGCCUUUAUAUCCUAACUAAUUUGUGAUAAGAGUGAUAAGUUAUUAUUUUAUAUUUGUUUCAUUUGAAGCUGCAGACUGAAGUUUAAAAUGAUUCUUUAGUGCUAUAUUUCAUUGGAGAUCAUGGUUAUGGUGCUGGCAGUAUAUGGCUUUCAACCUCAAAGGUUACCUUGCUUCAAAUUGGCAAUGUCUUUACCCAUGAGAAGCAACUGUGACUAUAUUCCAAAAUAGCUUUGUUUUUAAAAGAGUGGUUGCUGUUAAGCUUUCGAAUUGGCAACAUUGCCAAUUAGCAGCAAAUGUUACACUUCCAAAUUAGCUAUGUUGCUAAAGAAUAGCAUCUGGUGUCUAUGCUUCCAAAUUGGUAACAUAGCUAAAAGGUAGACUAGAUAAUAAAGCUUUAUUUUGUGUAAUAAGGUUUUUAUUCGUAACUUCCAAAUUGGAAAGGUUACCAAAUAGCAGUAACUGCCUUAUAUUGUUAUCUCAAUUAUUAUUUGGCUAUGCUGCUAGCUAAAUUGCCAUGACAUCUGAAUCAGGUAUGUCUCUUAUUUAUUAAUGCAAUGAUAAUGUACUAUUAAAUGUGCCUUCUAAUUGUAACCUGAUAUAGAUAACUUUAUGUUAUUAUAAUAAUAUACCAAAUGGAAAUGUUACUGUCUCU